AUGGACUGUAGAGCGUUUCCUGGACCCUCCAGUAUUAAAAUAGAAGAUCUCGGUAAAGACAUUCCACUUGAAGCUUCUCCGCAUCAAGAAGAAAAUAAACCUUCUGCAGAUAAAGGCAAAGCCAUAGCAGCCUCUUCAGUUAGGUUGAAAACGUAUCAACGACGCGUCAGUGAGUACCAAAAAUUACAAUGUGCAAACAAUUACUUUAAGGCAGCUUACCAGGAGGUUAUGAGAAUGGCAGAGGAAGCAGGCACUUGGGUUCGCAUGAAGCCUGGGUUGGGUAGUCUGGAUGAUAUUGUAAACGAGUUUCAAACUCCUGCUCUUCCUGGAAAGAAGUUAGAAUCCUCCGUUGCAACUGCAGUUAUUCCAAAUGUCCGUGCAUCUGAAAUGGUCACUAUGAUGAUGAAUGUGAACAAAAAUUGGUCUAAAUCACUGUUUCCUAUCGUCAACUAUGGAGAGGAAUACACUCCCAGGCGCAUUCUUCAGCAUUUGAGAAAUACUGAUACUGCCAUCAAGGGUGUAGUACAGGUGUAUGCGGAGCUUCAGCUACCAACAACAUCUGUACCAACACGAUAUUUUGAUUUUUUCCGCUAUGUCAAAGAGAUAAUGAAGUCAAUUUAUAUAGUUGUUGAUAUCUCAAGCCAUUAUUUGGGUGAUGGUUCUGCAAACUGCAAUAGUCGGAAGAGACCAUCAGGGGUAAUAAUCAGGGAACGUGGACCUCUGGAUUGUGAGAUUAUAUGUGUUGAGAAUGUGGAGGUGGAUGAACCCAGAGAAAACAUGUACUCUUCAAAAACCAGUUCAAACUUUGCAUUCUGUGCAAAUCAUUGGAUAAGCACACUGUUGUGGAAGCUGAGGCGUGACAGGAGUACAUUUAUUGAUGUCAAAAUCGAUUUGCAUCAUAGCGCUGGUGAUUAUCUCUUGGCUUUAACCCGAUCCAUGAAGCAUUUCUUUAUGGAAUGUUUUUCUGAACAUCCUAACGAGGAUCUGCUUUCUGUCUUAACUAAUGAUGAAGAUCCAAUCAGGCUUCUGCAUAACAAAACACUUGAAGAAUUUAUUGGUUAUGUCGGCCUAAACAGUUUCCAUAUUCAAGCUAAGCCACUCUCAGUUUUUCAAUUUUUAAUGAAAAAGGAUUUACAGUUGCAGGAGGAGCCUGAAGAAUUGUUCAAGUUUAUUACUGAUGAUAAAAGUAAUACCAUUUCUCUGCAUAGGAAGAAGGUGGAAGAGGAAGCCAGAUACUGCUUACAAGAAGCCACGAGGGAUGAAUAUUGUUCCUUUAUCCUAUCCAAACUAAUUAACGAAGAUCAUGUCAAUUUUAACAUUGUUUCGGGAGUCCAAAGCAUUUAUCAGAAAGGUGAUGAUAGAGUGUUGGACACUGUGACUUCUGGUUUUGCUAUAAUGCCUGAUGGCCCAGGAGGCCUCCAAUGCGAUGGUUCUCUCGUAACCUUUCUAGUGCAAUUGCACUAUGAUCGUACAGAAGGCCCUGUUACGCUUGAUACCGUUAGAGAAGAUUUUCUCAGUGAUCUGAUUGAAAUCAUCAGGGAGUUGAAAGAAGAGCUUGUUGGCGAAAAAGAAGAUAUGGUUGUCUCAUAAUUUCAGCAAGGCUUCAUUUUGAACCUGGAAAUACCAUGGAUGGAAAAAGAAGAUAUUGUUUUCUUGUCGAAAGCUAGCUUGUUCUCCUUUUCUCUAUUUUAUCCCUCAUUGCUGAUAUAGAUACAAACAGACCUAUUGCACUGUAGGAACUGAUCA